AAACAAGAGUAAAUCUUAUUCUUAGAAUAACUCGUCAGUUAAUCGAGAGUAAAUCAAUUUUACGUUUUACCAACUACAAUUCUAAGAAUAGUGGGCCUAUUCGGGAAUUGUUACUAUACCGCCGUUUCGCACGGAAUAACGGAGCUAUUCCUAGAAUAAAGUAAUGGCGUCUGUCAGUCCAACAUCUGAUUUCUGUCAUUUCAUAAAUAUUUAUUCUGUUUUAAUUUCAAGUCAACGCAAUGCACUAAAUGAUUAUUAAUAGUCUGAAUGCAACGUUUAAACGAAAAAAGAUAAAACCACACGACAAAACUUGACAAUUCCCUCAAACAAACAAGAAAUAAAAAUAAUACGUUUGACAGCUGGAUAUCUUACACAACAGCUACUUUUUCACACUAAAAUACGGCAAAAUCGAGUUGACUAUUUGUAUGCUCUUACACUAUGCCGUUGAACAACAACAUUUAUUUGCCGGAUUUUAUUUUUGUUCACCAUUCACUCUGCUAUUCGCGUAUUGUUAUUCCUAGCGCAAGUAUACGUGGAAAAACGACUAUGAAUUUACUCGAGAUUAAAAUCAUGGAAUAGGUUAUUCCUCGUAUAGUUACUCGAGUUUAAAUUUAAGUUUGGUCGAAUCCGCCCUAAGUGUUUAAGUUAAGUAAUUAAUAAAUAAUCUCAAAUAUAUUAAGUGUUUAAUCUAUGCCAUAUACAAUCAGGCAAAAUUCUACAUAGGUUACGAAUUUACGAAUCAAACAAAAAAACUUUUUGUUUUGUUGUGGCGUGUUGAAAUAAAUUUAGGUUCCUUCGUGUUAAUCAUUAACUUGAUAUUUUUGUCCAAAAUCUAAUUAAUAAUGAAUGUAUGCAGAACUUGUCUUGCGGACAAAACUGACAAGGACAUAUUUAAUGUAAAGAUGAAUAAAGAGUUUAAAAACAAAACUUUUGUUGACAUGAUGAUAUUUUGUCUGGAUAUAAUGGUUGUUAAAAAUCCAACCAUUACAACAAAACUUUGUGCAAAAUGCUACAGAAAAAUAUUAUCAUUUCAUAAAUUUAAAUCGCUGGCCAUAGAAAAUGAUAUUUAUUUAGAAAGUCAGUGUACAUCUGCCAAGCACCAGAUUCCACUCAAUAACAAUGAGAAUGAGAUUGGGCCCACACAACAGUUUAGUAUACAAAUGGUUGACUGUCUCUCUCCUGAAAUGAACAACAAAGAUAUAAUAUUCAGAGAACAAGUCAAGACAGAAAUGGUAUCGGCUCAUGAUGCAGAAAAUGACAGUAUCGAGUUAGGAAAAUCAGAGCCUCCAGAGUUAGAGUCUGAUGAUGAAUACUUGAGUGUAAUUAAAACAAUUAAAAUGGAGUAUGGUAUGGAUGGUAAAGAUGCUAAGAUCAAACGUAAAAAUGCUACUGAAAGAAAAUCAAAUUCCAAAAAGAUAGAUAAUCCAAAAAAUAAUUUAAAAAUGAUGUGCGAGGAAUGCGGAAUUACUGUAAAAGAUUUAAAAGAGCAUAUGAGACAACAUCUUCCUCCAGACGAGAGACCAAGAGUCAAUUGUCACCUUUGUGAGGAAACUUUUUCAUCGGCCAAUUCAAAAUACAAACAUGUGAGACGUAAACAUAUGAACAUCAAACAGAAUUGUAAAAUCUGUAAUAAGGCUGUCGCAAACCUGAAAGCGCACAUAUUAGUGGUGCACAAUACGGAAUCACUGCCGUUUGAAUGUAUAGCAUGCGGACGCGGGUUCAUAUCGAAGUCGCGCCUUGACGUUCAUAUGGCGGUGCACACCAAGGAUCGCCCUCAUAAAUGCUCAUUUUGCAUUAAACGGUUUAGGACUAAGAUUUGCAUGCAGCUACACGAGCGACAAGUCCACAAAAAGGAGAAGAAUCAUCUCUGUCAGUUCUGUUCGAAAACUUUUUUCAAAAAAUAUCACUUACAAGUGCAUAUAAGAACUCACACGAAGGAGAAACCGUACGAAUGCAGCGAGUGCGGCAAGUGGUUCAGCUCGAAGAACGUGCUGAAGAACCACAAGCUCAUACACGAGGACGUGAAGAGAUUCGCGUGCACGCUCUGCGAUAUGUCGUUCAUUAGAAACGGGUACCUGCAUGCGCACAUGCUGUCCCACAAGAAAGAGAAACGCUUCGAGUGUCAGUACUGCGGGGCGAAGUUCCACCGCUCCGACCACAGGAGGCGCCACGAGCACACCGUGCACCGCCGACACCUCGACAACGCUCACGACACACCCUUCACGGCCAUAUAAUAGCAAAGGGGACUUUUUGGCGGGAACGCGAGGAGUGAAGUUGUGUGAUUUGUUUUAUUUUAUCUAUUUAAUGUUUCUUCAGGUUUAAUUAAGUGUAAUAACGGUGGUUUAUUAACUGUUUAAUAUCUGUGUGAAAGUGCACAAAUGUAGGAAAAUGAAAUUAAACAAAUUCAAACAUUAGUUAAAUAACUAUAAAAUAUAUUUCUUUUUAUUUUUUUAUUGCCUAGAUGUGUGGACGAGCUCACAGCCCACCUGGUGUUAACUGGUUACUGGAACCCAUAGACAUCUACAACGUAAAUGCGCCACACACCUUGAGAUAUAAGUUCUAAGGUCUCAGUAUAGUUACAACGGCUGCCCCACCCUUCAAACCGAAACGCAUUACUGCUUCACGGCAGAAAUAGGCGGGGCGGUGGUACCUACCCGUGCGGACUCACAAGAGGUCCCACCACCAGUAAAAAAAGACCAAAUAGAUUAAUAAACACUAAUUUUCUUCGAUUUUAUUUAUGUUUAUGACCAUAAUAAAAAUAGUUUUAUACAAUCAAAAUACUUAGGAUAAUUUUCGCUUCGAAUUUGUUCAACUGUCUGGGGCAUUUACCGUUUCCUGCGCGGCAUAUAUAGCGCUACCGGUCGCCAAUGCAAUGUAGGCGUUGAUGUCAGAGGAAUACGAUCGAAUGUCCCACUACGAAUCGACAUAUCUACUAAUUUUCAAGCAAAAAAUAUGAAUAUAGAGAAAUAUGAAUAGACGCAUCUGUCGACAAACUCAUACGACACAGGAAAGCCACAUUUUUGUUUAUAAUUCAAUAGAAAAUAGUUUUCAGCUUAAGGAAGUGUGUUGAGGCAAUAAGAACAUUGUGCUCAAUCAAUACCAUUGUUAUAUAUUUAAUUAGACAUUAAAUGUAUUAUUUAUUGGUAAUUCCGAAAUGCACGUAUCUUGUUAAUUUUUGGUGAAGGUUUGGAGAGUGUCAGUGAGUACAUUAUUAUUAAUAUUUAAAAAAAAAUGUAUUGUAUAAAUAAAAGAAAUUGUUGAGUAAAAAA